AUGACGGCAAGAUCAAAUUCAAAAUUUCGCAAAAUAUCCAUUGUACAAUGGUACGCGGCAACCGAACCCGAUGACGACGAAACAGAGGAUCAAUGCUAUUCCCAACUCGACUCAGUGACACGCUGUCUACCAAAAGGAGACAUUAAAUUUGUUAUAAAAGAUUUUAAUGCCAGGGUGGGCAAUAACAACAAUAAUCCACAAUCAAUCAUAGGAAUGCAAGGACUUGGCGAUACCAGGAAUUACAAUAGCGACGGAUUGGUUGAUUUCUGCUCAAGAAACCGGCUCUUAAUUGGAGGCACAAAAUUCCCUCAUAAAAAUAUACACAAAUCGACCACGAGCUCAUUCUGGCCGUCGUUGAAAGGACUCAAACAAGAGCACAAAGUUCAACCUCUUAAACCUAAAAGACCCCGAAUCAGCACGCGAAUACAAGGCAACAUUAUCGGAGAAGCUGCAAAAUUACCCCCAUGCAUGGGCCGACAUAACAGCAGCAUCUACGGAGGCGGCCACCUCUAUAAUAGGCAUUCCACGACGAUCCCAAAAACCAUGGAUAAGCAACGUCUACGCAACGCUCUGCUAUGGACAAAAUUAUGUGUAACAAAGACCUCAUCCAGGACUGAAUAUCGCGCUUCCGCCUCGCUGAUCAAACGCCCAGUUCGUAGAGAUAAGCGCAUAUAUUUUAAUAUGCUGGCAGAGCAAGCCGAAAAUGCAGCUAAAAUUGGAAACAUGCGUGGUGUUUACGAGUCAAUAAAACAAAUGAGCGGCCACAAUAUAAGACCAACGGCAAUAAAAAAAUAUGAGCACGGAUCGGAAUCAUCAACACCCGAACCGCAAUUAGAGCAAUGGCGCGGUUUCUUCAGCUGCGAAAGACGCUACUGGUCGUUGCUCUUUUUUGAAAAGGUUUUUGAAGUGAAUGACAAAGAUUGUGCUUUGAGGAGAUUUACGGAAUUAGAUCGACAGGCAAUGUGGACGGUGGAGUGUUGGCUAUUUAUCUUAGGUCUCUAA